AUGCAGCACGUUCGCCGAGAGGAAUGUCCGGAGACGUAUGAAGCGAUCGAGCGAGUUAUUAGUCGACUGAACGAAUACGCCGACGGAAAGGGUGAGUUUACCAUCGUAUUGGAAGAUCUGACUGGGAACUCCUACAUCAGCCACGUUGGCGCGACGCCGUUUGACGACAAGAAGCUGGUCACGACGCAUCAACUCAGGACGAAGGAGCAGAACGAGCAGAUAGGCUUUUGCGCCGAAUCGUCAUUAGAGUAUCCCGUUAGCGAAGGGGCAAUCAAAAAGGAGUCCCCGGAUAUCAUAAAGGAUCUGUUGGACCGCAAGGAGAAACAGCCUUCGGACGCGGAGCGGGAAGCCGGACCGAGCAAAUCUUCGGUUUUCGAGUCAAUUCAAUCAAUUGAUGUGGACCGAAUACACACAUUUCCUACACACUGCUUUUCUUGUGGAGCCCCCGGAGAAGAGCGCAUGAUCAACUUGUCCAUUCCCUAUUUCAGGGACAUUGUGAUUAUGUCGUUCAAUUGCGACCACUGCGGAUACCGAAACAACGAAGUUAAGUCAGAAGGCCCUAUAUCUCAAUUCGGUAGGAUCAUUAGGCUAAGCGUGCUGCGCGUAGAAGACCUUUCCCGGGAUUUGCUAAAGAGCAGCACGGCCGGACUGGAAAUUCCGGAAAUCAGUCUUUUUGUGGAACCCGGAUCCCUUGGUGGCAGAUUCACGACCGUUGAGGGGAUCAUCGCCCGCAUAAUAGAAAGCUUGGACGAACAGGCCCGCAUGCUCGGAGACAGCGCUUCAGAGGAGGACAAGAAAAACUGGGACGACUUUUUUGAGAAACUUCGCUCGUUGCUGAAAGUGGAAAAGCCAUUUACGUUGAUCUUGAAUGACCCCAUUGCCAACAGCUAUAUCCAGAGCUUUACCGCUCCGGAGCCGGAUCCUCAGAUUCAGGAAGAAGACUACGUGCGCUCGAAAGAGCAGGACGAAAUGCUGGGCUUGGACACAAUGAAUACAGAAAAUUAUGCGGAAGAGGAUCAGAAAGAGGAGGUCUGCUAA